AUGGCGUCGCGAUAUUCCGCGGCGCGUCCUCGCCGUGACGGCGAGCAAUUUGCACGGACACACCACAACGAGGACGACGACGAUGGAGUGAGCUCGAAACGGGUCAAAUUUGACGUGCGCAAUCCGUCAACUCUUGCACCUGAGUCUCGGGAGGAAGAUGCCUUUCUCGAUGCCGACGUCAUCGGUGGCACCGGCGCGACAAAGCGCGGCGCUGUCAACAUUGACGGAUACGACAGCGACUCGGACAACGAGACGUUUAACGCCCGAGCACAAGAACGCAGGCGGGGGAAGAUCGACAUCAACGAGCAGCUAGACAACUACGAUGCGCGGGGCGAUAUUCCGCAAAAACCGGAGGCGGCAGGCAGGGACGACGACGGUGAUGAAGACAUGUUUGCCGCCAGCGACGACGACGACAAGGUCAAAGAUGGGGGCGGUGAGGGCAAACUCGACGACAAUGGCGACUUUGACAAAUCAGGCCACAAGAAGAAACAAGUACACUAUAUGGAGGAUGACCAAAUCCAAGGAGAGGAAAAUUACGAAGAUGCCGGCGGUCUCAACUCUCACCUAGACAAAGACGAGAGCAGCGACGACGAGGACGACGUGGACCUGCGCGCACAGGAGGAAGAUGUGGAUGACGAGGUCGGCGCGGGUGGACUGCGGCGUAACGCCCCCAAGAUAGAAGCCUUCAACCUGAAGAACGAGAUGGAAGAAGGUCGUUUUGACCAGUCGGGCAAUUACAUCCGGCGAGCAGGUGACCCGGAUGCCGAACACGACAAGUGGCUGGACGGGACGGGCAAGAAGGAGAUACGGAAAGCAGCAGAGGCCCACAAACGGAGAGAGGCCGAGGCGCGGCAGAGGCGCAUCGACGAGGACAGCAUCCUGGUUCCCGAGCUUCUCAAGGAUCUGAUUGUCCGGCUGGAGAUGUCUGAGACCCCGCUCGAAGCACUUGCGCGACUGGGAAAGAGCCAGACCAAGACGAAGAAGGUACCCAAGUGGAAACUCAAGAAGCAAAAGGGGGGGAUGGAUGUGGAGGAUGACGGAAAGAAGAAGGAGGAGGAUCCGGAACAAGUCCGCAUCAAGGAGAAUAUCCGUGCCAUUACGGAGGCCGCAGAUAAGCUCCUCAGCCGAGACCACGGCGAUAUUUACGACCAGGAGAGGGAGGUGCUGAUCCGCGAGUAUCAGCGUGAGACGGGAGAAGAAUGGGUCGAGCCAAAAGUGGUCCACAAUGACGAUGACGACAACAACACGGGUGCAACUGCAAGCGACCCGGAUAUCUUAUGGGAGUUCAAGUGGACGGAUGGGCGUGAUGGUGGCGGGGUCCAGGGCCCGUUUGAUGGGCCGACUAUGAAGGCGUGGCAAGACGCCGGAUAUUUUGGCGAGGGAGUCGAGUUUCGGCCGGUACAAGACGGAGCGGAAUGGAGACAGGGGGCGUCGUUUGCAUGA